UUCUUGCAAUAAUCAAUGACGUCAUAUGUAUGUACUUAUCGUACGGUUUGUGUUUCAGGUGUGGCAUGCGGCGAAAACGACAGCGGACGUUCAGAUGAAGUAGUGAGGGUUAUGCGCAGGCGGCAUCUGGACGAGGCUACCAAGACGGGUCAAGAAUCGAAUGAGAUCGACGACGAUCACCAUAGGCGGGCUGACAUGUCACUGACCCGGGCCGAAGAAUUCAAGUCGACCGCGGCGGCCUGCGGCGGCGGCUCGUGCGGUGAAAUGCCGGAAAAUACGGAAUCGGCUGCGGCAGCUGCGGCGCUGCACGACGACUCUCAACUGAUCGCGUCGUCUGCCGUCCCGUCGUCUAUGGCGGACGAACAGACGUCCCAGUCACAAUACUAUUACGAAUACGUUGGGCCGACAAAGAUCGGUUCGGGGGAAGCCAAGAGGGCUUCGUCGCGUGGCAGAUCACUCGUACCGACGGAGCCCGAUACUGCAGCGCAACAGCCGCCGCAGAUACGACAACAGCAGCAGAUGGAUGUGGCGGCGGCGGUGGCAGACCGUCAGCAGACCCGUAAAGCUGGUAACAGUGACAUGGAAGACAUACUGGACGGGUUCGUUAAGCUACUGAAUGGUCAGCCCGGUCAAGCUGGUUACCGACAGCCGAUCAAGACGCGCAUCAACAACCGCGGACCUCCCCGCAUAUCGGACGCUUCGGUUGUCCUGGAACCGCCGGCGUUUGUGCCUAUGCCGCAACACCAGCACCAGCAACAGCACCAACAACAGCACCAGCAACAGCUACCACCACAGAACAAGCCGAAAGACCCCCCACCGUAUCCGUUCGACGUGCCACAGCCUGCCAGGCCACUGCCACCUCAACCGCCCAACCUUAUCAAGCCGUUCUUGACCGGAGUGCCACUGCCCGAACAGCUGGUGCCCACCAAUGGUGGUGACAACGACGACGAGUUGGGCCCACCAUCUCUGCAGUACGAAGACGACGUAUCGCAUUUGCCAUCGUCGUCGAGACGACCGGUGCAGCAUCAGCAGACAGCCAGGCCACAACAGGAGUACGACUUGUUUGCGGACGGACAUGCGCACGGCCCCGGCCACGUGGUGCCAGCCGCUUCCAGACCUGUCGAAAAUGUGACGGAAAAGUUUACGGUGGACGCGCCUUCGUCUCAGUCACCGCCGCCCUCUGACAGACCGGCCGCGAUCACUGUCUCUGAGAAACCGACCACGACCGACAAACCAUGGUCAGCUAUCGACAUCAACGCGACCCGUGUGAUCGGAAUCCAAGUGUCAAAACUCGUCGAUCACUUGACCUCACCGGUGGUUCCCUCAUCACCUAUCGGAGUAAGCGAUCCCACCGCAGCCGCCUCCGCUGCCGCACCCACGACAACGACGUCCACUACUACCACCAGCACAAGCACCAGCACCGCGGCGGAAUCAACGUCCACGACGACAGUCGCGCGACCGGAAACCACGCCGGCUGGCGAACACGUAACCGGCGUCGGUUCGGCGGUCGUAGUACUCGAGCCGUCCACUUCGGAGGAACCUCAUCGCGACGAUGCGCAUAAGCCGACCGAAAACAAACUCCCCAGCAAGCCUACAGCGCCCGUCAAGAAGACCCCGCAACAGUCAGAAGGGUUCCCGUAUUAUUCACGUCCAGGGAUCGUGCUGGAUGAUCCGGAAUUCAAACCCCACAUCGGAGGCCAGAGACGCCCCAUCCAAGUUCAGGUGCCCAGUAAAGGUGACGUGUUCGACAUAAUGGUGUCCGCCAUUCAAGGGCCGGGUGACAAGCCAGCACUGCUGAAUCCUGAUGAAAUAUCACCGUCAGGCGUCGGAAAAGGAGAAGUGUCCGUGAUAACGUCGGCAGAACCAAACCAGCAGUUCGUGUCCAUCGACGGUAAACGAACGUACAUCAACUUGUUCGGCUCAGCGGAACCAACCGCGGUGGCGCCUCAGUCCAUAAAGCCGACCAGCGCUGCUUCCGGAUCAUAUUCAGUGAGCCAAGUGCUGCAGCCGCAUGGUGCGUCCAAUCCACCGGGACCGCCUCCACCGUCACCGCCAAGCGGGGGCAAACCGUCGGCACCGGCCUGGAAACGGCCCACUCACCCGCCAGUGAGAAUCGACACUUGUAUAGUGGGCGACGAUACGACGUGUGAUGCGGCGCAGCAUGAAAGGUGCCGCACCGAGCUUGGCGUGUCCUCGUGCCUCUGCAGGCCCGGGUACAGCAGGCGAAAGCACCGGGACCCGUGUCACAGGAUCGUAUCCAUCGUUUUUUCAUUACGCGUUGAUCGGUUAUACGACAACAAGAUCACAUGGACGGACAAGUACAAGGAUUCCGAGACCCAAGAAUAUCAACAACUUGAACACGAAGCCGUUAGAGCGAUCGAUUCGGCGUUUUCGAUGACACCGUUUUCGGACACGUUCGUCGGCGUCAAGAUCAACAACGUGUACAUGUCCAAGACGACACCCGGCAUGCCGGUCAUGGUGAACGCCACGGUGCAGCUGACGGAGAACGCGGAACACUUGCGGUCAUCCGUCAAGCAGGACGUGCAAAAGCAGCUGACGGGUGCGCUGCAGAGGCGCAACAACAAUGUGGGCACCAGUGGCCUGUGGGUAGAUUCGCCGGCCGGAGCCAUCUCGCAACUUCACGAUCUCGACGAGUGCAGCAGUCCGGAACUGAACGACUGUCAUCCGUUGGGCAAGUGCACGAACGUGUUCGGCACGUUCCAGUGCGCGUGCCCGGACGGCUACAGGGACCCGUGGAUCGGAAACGCUCAGCGCAGCGGCCGGACAUGCGAGACGUGCGACCCUGGCCAGUGCAAUCUACGGGGUGAAUGCUUCUUCCAGGCUGGACAGCCAGUGUGCAAGUGUUCAGGAUCGUUUUACGGGUCUCAGUGUGAGAUCGACGGCGAAGUUCUGAGCGUGGCGGUCGGCUCGUCCGUCGCCGCCAUAUCCAUCAUCGUGCUGACGCUAGUGUGUCUGUGCGCGUGGAGUCGCCGCUGGAACAAGGAGCAGAAAGUCGGCUCGCCCGUGUUCGGGUACAUGCCGACAGGUGGCAGCACUGUGAAAACGCCCGUGAUCGGCGGCCCACCGUACCAGGUGUCCAUCGAGGACCGCAUGAGGUGGGCACAGAUAGCAGACGCCAUGGCGCACGCCAAUCAUUACGCUCCUGAACCGGUAAACGGCACCAUGAGGUCGAACAUGUUCGGGUACGCCGGAGCACCGAUGCCACUACCCAGGCUCCGGCCCCCGGGCACGAGCACGAUUUCGCACGCAUUCCGCACACCGGAGUCGAGCACCAGCGAAGAAGAGGACCGGACUGACCUGCUGGGCCGCAGCUUCCAGACUUCCUCCAGGCCGAAAAGUAGAUCUUCCCUGGCUAAUCAGAGCGGAAUUUACUACGACGUGGAUUACGAACAGCAGCAGGGCGAAAUGACGUUCUCGCCCGGUUGCAUUCCGCUGAGCACGUACACAAUUGGAAGCCGCUCAAACUACUACAGAUGAUGACAGUGACGAUUAUGCCGAAGACAAAAAUCUCGCGAUACAGUUUAGAUGACGAUCAUCGCAAGUGUACUACAUAUACUAUUAUUAUCAUCGUUUAAACUUUAAGCGACACAGACUGAGGACACAAAACGCAUUUACUACGCGUAACCCAAUAAGAUAAUAGUAAUAUAAACCUACGAUGUUAUUAUUGUUGUACACCCUUCAUAUAUUUACACAUAUAUAUAUGCCAUUGAUGAAAAAAAAAUAACCAAACGUGUAAUAAUAAUUACCUAUGUUAAUUGUAAUUGUAUUAUGUUAAAUAUUUAUACAUGAACUAGGUAGUAUACAAAUAAGCGUCCGAGAGCCGUAUAUUUUAAUGAAAUAGUUAAAUGUCUUUGUAAUAAAUACAAAAAUAUAGUACCUAUAUAAUAAUAAUAAAUUGUAACUUAACACUAUUUGGACUUCGGGCUUUUGGCGUGACGUCAUUGACCGGUUGACUUGGUGAUGUCACCCCGAGAGCGGCCGAAGACAUUAUAAUAUUAUGUUUACCUAUAGCAAACAGUAUCAACGACGUUACACAAUAAAAUAAUAUCUAAUAUUUGUGUAUAUGUAACGCAGAUAGGUAAAUAAUUUUAAAUAUAGUAUUACUGUGUAUGGUAUUUACGUGUUUGUAUAUAAAGUAAUAAACGCGGAAAAGUGUCGGAAAUAUCUAUAUAAUAUUAAAUAUAUAUAUAUGUGUGUGUGUAAACACUGUCGAUCUAUUUAAUAUGUAUCAUAUCAAAUAUUAUAUAUCUAUAGGUAUAUGGUUGUAUAUUUAAUACGAUAAAAUAUUUGAGCUUAAUUGCGAUAUUCUUCGUGUCAAAGUAUAGUAAUAGAGUAUCGUCCGUCUCAAUAUAUAUUAACGAAUUUACGUUUAUCAAUAGACUAGUGCCAUAUUAUAAACGUUUGCGCACAUUCAAAAUAACAACAUUGAUGAUAUUUUAUCAUAGCUAUCAACUAUGAUAUUUUAUUACAAGUGUACAAGCUCCUUUGAUGCUAUUAGGUAUGCUUGUUUGGCUAUUAUAUGUAAACGAUUAAUGAUUAUUGUACUGAAAAUUUCGGCUUUUGGAUUUUCUACUCAUAUUUUUUUUUUCACCACACCAACCUGCACAUACUGUAAUGCCUAAAUAAGACCGUGAUCGAAGGUUAAAAAUAUAAAUAUUUUCAACAAUAUUUAUGUGCGUGUACACUGUAUAUACUAUAUUAUUUAUUAAAUUUUUUUCUAUUAUUAUUAUAAUUAUUGUUUAAGGCUAUAACUCUCAACUUCAAUCAUAUGUAAGUUGUAUUAUUACCUUAUAAUUUUAUAGCUAAUUAUAGUUAU